AUGUCACACAUAGCGAAAGAAAUCUUAUGGCGAGCCCCAUUACUCGCAGAAACAGUAAUUACGCACUACCGCAAUGGUCCGCCACAACCAUCAUGGGACCUAAAAUUUCAUCUAUUUUUCAAAUUAAUAAAAACACUUUUUGAUGAUUCAUCGGAAGUAACAAUCGAAGUAAUGCAAGAUUUUACAGGCAAACCAAAUCUAAUUCCGUCAUAUGUUCGUAUCAAUGAAUUCAUGCUUCCAGGCAUGUACAGAGCAAAAGCGCAGACGCACUUAGAGAAAAUACUAGCACCGUAUGAACAAGUUAUCGAUGAGUCGUGGAAAUUUCUCGACAAUGACGGAUUAAAAGCUGAAUGGGUCUCAAUUAAGGGGGAUAAAUUCUUUGAUGAAAGAACGAGACAGCGAGUCGUUCUUUAUUUGCAUGGCGGCGCUUAUUAUUUAUGCAGCUCUGCAUCAGUCAGGGGUAUUACUUAUCGACUCGCACAAGCUUCAGGUGCUCGAAUACUAGCGAUCGAUUAUCGUAUGGCUCCACAGACAGAAUUCCCAUCUGCUGUUCACGAUGCAUUAGCUGCAUACUUGUAUCUUUUAGACCCACCCGCAAACUCCGAAUAUAAACCCUUCAAACCAAAUCAAAUAGUUUUCGCUGGUGAUAGUGCAGGUGGCGGCCUCGCGAUUGCGUUAUUGCUCGCAAUACGUGAUGCCGGCCUACCAAUGCCAGCCGGUGUUAUCGGAUUUUCGCCCUGGCUGGACUUAACAUUCAGUAUGCCAUCUGUAACGAAAAAGGAGUGUGAAUCGAGCGAUUAUCUUCCUGGAUAUUUUCUCACACAUAAACCAUCGCCUCUUAAGGAAAAAUAUGAGGUUCGUGCUAUGGCGUUGGAGGCAAAAAUUAAAAGCUUUAAAGAGUUGAAUCCGAAAAUACAUUGUCACCCUUGUUAUAAAAUGGCAGAAAGACGAAUUCAUACGUAUGCUGCUAAUGAAGCUUUGGCGAUUCCGUAUGUUAGUCCGUUGUUGGCUGAAGAUUUAAGUGGAUUAUCACCGUUAUUACUGCAAGCAGGAAAUGGCGAAAGAUUACGUGACGAAUCAAUUUACUUUGCACACAAAGCCUCACAUGUUAAGGAAUAUCAAUUACCUGAAUACAAUGAUACGAAUAAUGAAAAAUCAACUUCUCUCAAAAAGCCUACAAAUGUAAAACUAGAAGUUUAUGAGGAGAUGCCACACGUUUGGCAGGUAUGGUUCUUUCACGAAUCUGCAAAAAUAUCAUACAAGCACGCUGCCGAAUUUAUCCAUCGCGUGACAGACAACAAAUUCAAAGCGGAAACUUUUCCCGAUGCCGAAAAUUCGAUUUCUACAGCUCGUAUCACCGCCACUGGGGAAGUAAAACCAUUAACAAAAGACCAACUAGAAGUACUAGAUUGGCAGAAUGUCGGAGUAUUUCCAGAUCCUGAGAAAAUAUUAUCGCCUCCACAAAAAAAUUCGUUGUGA